UAUGUACAACUGUUAAUACUACACAUAAUAAACAAAAAAUUAUUGUUUGUGGAUACUUACUUGUAAAAGACAAAAAUCGUGAUAACUCUUUUUAUUGGUGCUGUGAAUAUAAAGAUUCUCGUAAUUGCAAAGGAAGAGUAGUUACAAUUUUAGAAGACCAAAGUCAUGUCUUAAAAAAGUUUAGUGAGCAUAACCAUGCACCUGAACCAAGUCAUGCUGAUGUAAUUCAAGCAUUAAAUAAUAUGAGAGAAAUAGUAUCCCAAAGCCGUGAAAGACCAUCUCAAAUAAUCCAUGAUGCAACAAUUAAUAUGCCUGAAGAUUCUUUUUAUUAUAUGCCUAACAAUGAGGCAUUACACAAGCAGAUUUCACAUAUUUGA